AUGUCUGGUCGCUCCACUGGUGCUUUAAUCUGGACAUGCUUCAAGCCAAUGCUUAAGCUCUAUACCAUGUUAGCCAUUGGGUACUAUUUCGGUAGAAAAAACGUUUUUGAUGUUUCCACUUCCCGUAAUGUCUCCUAUGUCCAGCAACGUAUUCUUCUUCCUUGCUUCAUCUUCACCAACAUUGUCACUUACCUUCAAUACACUGAUAUCAAACCUAUCGCGGUUGUGUGCUUCAACUCAGUGCUAUAUAUUCUUGUUGCUGCUGCCACUUGGCUCUGUGUUUUAUAUGCUAAUUCUGGUUUGCACAAGUUUGCGGGAGUGGAUGUGUUGAACAUUGCUGGUAAUUGGAAAUAUGGGUCACUUUUUGCGAUGAUGUUCUCCACCAGCGCUACGAUCAUUGUCUCUUAUUUGCAAUCGUUAGCCUACGAUACUGAGGUAUUUUCCUCUGAUCAAAUCAAUCGUGGUAUUGCAUUCGCUUUUAUUGGGUUUACAAUCUUUGAAUUUGUGAUCUACAACGGGGCGCAUAUAUUCAUCAAAUGGGAUUUCAGAAAUCUUGAAAAAGAUAAUGAUGGCACCAAAGUUCUUCACGAAGGCAAAGAAGAAUCUGAAAGUUCUAUUCAAGAAUCAAGCAACGGAAAAGAGAAACUAUCUGCUCUACAAAAGUUACCAGAUGUGUUUGUGGUGAAGCCUGAAGAUUCUGAAAAUGUCCCUGAUUCUGACGAUAGACAAUCAAUCACAUCAUCAGCUCCUUCGACAUUGAGCGAUAAUGCCAUUCCACAACCAUUUGAUAAACCACAAGAUCCACAAGGCCACAACAUGCUUGAAAAAUUGAACUCGAGAGCUAGUCAAUUCUCGACAACGUCUCAGAGACUCCGGGCGAUUGAGCUUCGGAAGCUCCCACCUCAAAAUAUUUCCGACGUGGUUCAUGAAUUUGCAACUGAAAACAAAGAAAACUUGAAUGCAUUGAGUUUGAUUAGAUCCCGUACAAAUGAACCUUCCGCUGCUCCUGCCUUUGAAGACAAUCCAACCACUCUCCCAAUAUGGCAUAAACGCACCGCUUCCGAUAUUCAAUCUAAAUUCAGAAGACUCCUCAAUUUGGCAUGCAAUCCUUUCAAAAAUCCUUAUCUUUCAGCUGUGAUGGUAUCUUUUUUUGUAUCGAUGAUUCCAUGGUUGAAAAACUUAUUUGUCGCCACUCCUUCCUUUGAACCAAGAUAUACCAUUAAUCCACAUUAUAAAGAUGCUCCUGAUGAUUAUCCUCCAUUGAAUGUUUUUAUGACUUACUCUUCUUACUUGGCACAAGCGCAAGUUCCAAUUUCAUUGUUUCUUUUGGGAGCCACUUUUUCCAGAUUGACCUCACGAACUUCUGAUACUUCUAAAAUUAGCCUCAUGGACAAGGUAUCUGGGCUUAUUUCUUCGAUUGUCUCCCAUCGUACCCAACUUAGAGGCAUUGUCUUUAUUACAGUUUUGAAGCUUUGUGUUCUUCCAAUUAUCGGUAUUUCUAUUGUUACUGCGUUUGAUCUUCAUAAUUGGCUAGGAGUUAAGGGCAUAACUAAGGAGGAGCAAAAUGUUGUGAUAUUUGUGAUGUGCUUAUUCUGGGCUCUACCGAGUUAUGCUGCCCAAGUUUAUUUAACUGCGGUACAUACUCUGGAACGCAAAACCGUUAGUCAUCAGAAUGACAGAGAAUUAGAUUUUGACGUCAAAUCCAUCGAUGGCGGUGACAAAUUUCAACAAUUGAAGAAUAUUGAAAUGUUACAAUGGCUGGAGUAUGUUGUUUUGGGGGUAUCAUUGCCGUUUGUUUCGGUAUUUGUAUUGAAACAUGUCUUGCAUUAUUGA